AUGGCGGCUCCUCUCUCCGCAACGAAGCCGUACGGCGUCGCCGCCGCAAAUGUGAAAGCUCACGUCCACGUCUCAUACGACCUCGUGUGCUCGAAGCCGACGCUGAAUCUCCACCACUGCCCUAAAUUUCAGCUUAGCAAUUUUCCCCAAGCCAAAUCUCCCUUGAAAUGUAAUUUACGGGUACAAAAACCUCCAUCCGCCAUAUCCGGCGCCCCAGGUGCCGAGAGUUCAGCCGGAACUGAGGAUACCACGUUCUCUCUGGAUAAUGUGCAAGUGUUUGACUUGAAUGGAAGUGGAAUUCCAAUUUCCGAUUUGUGGAAAGAUAGGAAAGCUGUGGUUGCAUUUGCCCGUCAUUUUGGAUGCGUACUCUGCCUAAAACGAGCUGAUUACCUUGCAGCUGAGAAGGAUAAGAUGGAUGCUGCUGGGGUGGCGCUUGUUUUAAUUGGGCCCGGCAGUGUUGAUCAGGCAAAAAAGUUCUUUGAGCAGACCAAAUUUAAAGGAGAGAUAUAUGCGGACCCUAGCUAUGCGUCAUAUAAGGCACUGAAUUUUGUAUCUGGUGUUACGACCACAUUUACUCCUGGGGCUGGCUUGAAGAUAAUUGAGGCAUAUGUUGAAGGAUAUCGGCAAGACUGGGCUCUAUCUUUUGAGAAGGAUACCCGGACAAGAGGUGGCUGGCAGCAAGGCGGCAUCCUUGUGGCAGGCCCUGGUAAAAGAAACAUCUCGUAUAUCCACAAGGACAAAGAAGCAGGUGACGAUCCAGAUAUACAAGAUAUCUUGAAGGCUUGCUGUUUGCAAGGUAAAUGA